AUGUCAGAUCCCAAAUCACCGCAUCUCAAGAAGCGUGAUACUCCUCCUUGGGGUUUGUACCAACGCGAAAACUUUUGGAAACUCAACGAGGGCGAAGUUCCACUUUUCAACACACACCCCGACAAACUUGAGGAACUCGCCAGGAAGAAACUCACUGAGAAUGGUUGGCUCUACGCAUCAUCCAAUGCCGGUCUGUCGGAUACGCAUCUUGCAAACCGUCAAGCAUUCUUUAGGCACAAGAUUGUGCCUCGCCAGCUUGUAGACACCAAUGAUCGAAGCACAAAGAUUUCAAUAUUUGGUCAUCAGGUAUCCGCGCCUUUUGGCAUUGCUCCAAUCGGUAUCAACAAGAUCUACCAUCCACAGGGCGAACUGCCUGUUGCCCAAGUCGCGGGAGAGCUUGGCAUUCCUUACUGUCUCUCAACUGCAGGCUCGUGUCCGAUCGAAGAUGUCGCUGAGGCAAACGAUGCAGGAAGAAAGAUUGCCCAAAACAGUCAAGAGGGCCAUCGUAUUCCGCAAGGCCCCCGAUUCUUCCAACUCUACAUGCCGCACGAUGACGAACUUACUCUGUCCCUACUGAACCGGGCACAUGUCUCUGGGUUUGAUGCGUGUAUCUUGACCACAGAUACUUGGCAACUCGGAUGGCGGCAUGACGAUGUUGCCACCUCCAACUAUGCCUUCUAUCGCGGUAUUGGCGCAGAUAUGGGCCUGACAGAUCCUGUCUUCCAGAAAAGACUUGCGGAGCAUGGAAUUGACCCAAAGAAGCAACCUGCAGAGGCUGGAGCACUCUGGAUUGACAACGUCUGGCAUGGCCGUGCAUGGUCUUGGGAAAAGGCAGUUUGGGCUCGUGAGCGGUGGCAAGAGAUAACUGGGGGAAAGCCGUUCCUGAUCAAAGGGAUCCAGCGAGUUGACGAUGCUGAGAAGGCAGCUGAUCUAGGCUUCGAGGGUAUCGUCGUCAGUAACCAUGCUGGUCGGCAAGUCGAUGGUGCUAUCGGCAGUCUGGAUGCUCUGGAGAUGAUCGCUGACAAAGUGGGUGAUCGCAUCGUUGUUACCUUCGAUAGUGGAGUCAGAGGCGCGGCCGAUAUAGUCAAAGCUCUUGCCUUGGGUGCAAAGUUUGUGUUUAUCGGCCGGCUUUGGAUCUGGGGGUUAAGUAUCAUGGGAGAACACGGCGUGCGUCAUGUGUUAAAGGGUCUCUUGGCUGAUUUGGAUAUUCUGAUGAAUGUUGCGGGUCUCAACAAAGUGGAGGAUAUUGACAAGAGUCUCAUUACCUCUUUACCGGGGGUAGGCUGGGAGAACAAAAGUAAGCUGUGA